GCUGCAAACUGUAGGAGUAUUGCUGGUGGCAUGGGGCGAGCCGGAGGCGAAACUCACCACCGAGCAUCGCUAGGAGUGUACAACCGCACUGGAAGUGGUCUCAGCAUCAGCUCAAACAGCUCUUUUGCUGAGCAGUUGUCCAGACAGACAGAUCAGGCCGCAGGGGUGGCUAUGCACGACGUGAUCCAUGGACGAACGGAUCCGGUGACAGAUUCUCACCAACAUGCAAAUUGACUAUCGGAGGAUCGGGUGGGACUUGAGGUAAACCACUCACUCCAACGGAAUGCAGACUGUUCCACGGAAUUGGAUCUAAAGAAUUCAUAUGGUUCGAAUGCAUUCGGCUCUGUUCAGCUGGAUGUAGAACUAGUGAAGUAGUCCAUACGAUACUCAGUUGGAUAGGCGGGGAAGAGGCCAACUGGCACGGAACAGGACAUCCGCAAAUAUAUUGAAAGGGGCGGCGGGAACACACACAGGCCUGCGAUGUAGCAUGCACUUUGCUAUUCAUCUAAUGUGCUGUGCGAUUUAUUGGAAACGGUUUGGACACAUAUGUAUCCAGCACACCUAUAUUUUUGGUAUAGAUUGAUGUUUGUGUUGGUCGGUCCGUCGGGUAAAGUGAAAGAACUAUUCACGUGAUGUUCGUGUAUGGUGUGUAAAAACACAUGCGUACACACAUUUUCGUGAAACUAGGCAGUGGGAGAGUACCUAUGCGCACCGGCAAUACAUCAGAAUGUUAAGCUAGUGGGAGUGGGGUAAUAGGCAACUCAGCCUGUUCGUGUGUGAUGCGAUCUUGCUUGUAAACCACAAACAGGCCGGAGAUAAUCGUGGAUCUAUCAGAAUUAUGUCUGGGGCACUCACGACAAACGUGUAAGGUGCAUCUUCACAUACACACAUCCACACCUACACCCACCACGGCGCAGGUGCGAACACGUCUGUCCCACACUCUGUUGGCCGCAUAUUGUGAGCAACCAUGUUGUGGCCCGGUUGGUAGGUUGUUACACUCCUCAGCCAACCAUGUAUAAAAUUCUCUUACGAACAAGGAUGCGGCAUUUGUAUCAGAAUAUGGUGCAAUUGGCGAGGUAUCGGCUACACACCUGAGUUGCGCGUGGUAUGUGUUCAUUUGUGCACACAUACCUACAUCUACGCUUCAAGUAAGAUUCCUAAUUGCCUGUGGAAUAUGUACAAAGGACUACACAGAUUCGCGUGAUGUUGAUAUAUGGCAUACGAUAUACGGCUGCUGAGUUCCGGCGAGGUAUAUAUGUCAUGUUGGUAUUUGUUGUUAUCGUAUCGCACCCAGGGCCCAAAACCAGUUCGACCAAUAAAUAAGCACAAACAGAUCG